GACGUGCGAGGGGAUAGCUGUCAGGCUCUGUGGGAGGGGAUGGCUGUGAGCCUGUCAGUGUGGGCCGAGGGCCUCCCCUCCCCGCCGCUCUGUGCCUGCGCGGUGGGCUUGCGCUGGGGUAUUUACGGUAAGGUGGACGCCGCGGCGGUGGCAGCUGCGUGUCAGGUGAUCUGAGCCGAGGAGCCGGAGAGGAAAAUGCAAGAUGGCCCGACGGGGCCGUGAGGGGCUCCCCGCUGCCCCGUCCCCGCCCGGACCCCGGCUGCGCAGGGCCAGCGGCGAGCGCUGAGUCCAGCUCCGCCGCGCUAGAGCCCGUCCCCAGGAGGGGCUCCGAGCCAUGGGGCUCUGCUACAGUCUGCGCCCGCGGCUCUUUGGGGACCCCGGCGGAGGCGGCUCCAUCUCCAGCGUCGCCUCGGAGCCCGAGCAGCCCGCAGAGCACACGGCUCCCCCCCAGCAGCCGCUCGGGGCCCCGCGAGGAGGCAGCUGCUGCGGGCAGCCGGGGGUCGGGGGCUCGCUCCACCCUGCAGACAAGCCCGGGGGAGAGGCGGACGGGCCGCCGACGCUGCUGCUGCAGAACGGAGGCGGCAACGGGGCGGCCCCGGAGCGGCAGCCGCUCCCCAAGCCCGGCGGUGGCAAACAGCACCGGCAGCCGCCUCAGCCGGCCGCGCUGCAGAGACCCUGGGAGAAGCUGCGCCUGGAGGAGCGGGAGGCGGAGAAGGAGGCGAGGAAAGUCAGCAAGAGCAUCGACCGGGCGCUGAAGGAGCAGAAGCGGGAGUACAAGCAAACGCACCGGCUGCUGCUGCUGGGAGCUGGUGAGUCAGGAAAAAGCACGAUUGUGAAACAAAUGAGGAUCCUGCAUGUCAAUGGAUUUAAUUCAGAAGAAAAGAAACAGAAAAUACUGGAUAUUCGGAAAAAUGUUAAAGAUGCGAUUGUGACUAUAGUUUCAGCAAUGGGCACUUUAAUACCCCCAGUUCCACUGGCCAAUCCAGAAAACCAGUUUCGAAUGGACUACAUCAAGAGUAUAGCUCCACUUUCUGAUUUUGACUAUACACAGGAAUUCUUUGAACAUGCAAAAAAGCUCUGGGAUGAUGAAGGAGUAAAGGCAUGCUUCGAGAGGUCAAACGAAUACCAACUGAUUGACUGUGCACAGUACUUUCUGGAAAGAAUUGACAGCGUCAGCAUGCUUGACUAUACACCCACAGACCAGGAUCUAUUAAGAUGCAGAGUUUUGACAUCAGGGAUUUUUGAAACAAGAUUUCAAGUAGAUAAAGUAAAUUUUCACAUGUUUGAUGUAGGUGGCCAGAGAGAUGAAAGAAGAAAAUGGAUCCAAUGUUUUAAUGAUGUCACUGCUAUAAUCUUUGUUGUGGCCUGUAGCAGCUACAACAUGGUAAUAAGGGAAGACAAUAACACAAACAGACUACGGGAAUCGCUGGAUCUCUUCAAAAGCAUCUGGAACAAUAGGUGGUUACGGACCAUUUCUAUCAUUUUGUUCUUGAACAAACAGGAUAUGCUAGCUGAAAAGGUCUUGGCAGGGAAAUCAAAAAUUGAAGAUUACUUUCCUGAAUAUGUGCGUUACACUGUACCUGAUGAUGCAACACCAGAUGCUGGAGAAGAUCCCAAAGUCACAAGAGCCAAGUUCUUUAUCCGGGAUGAGUUUUUAAGGAUAAGUACAGCAAGUGGAGAUGGCAGGCAUUACUGCUACCCACAUUUCACAUGUGCAGUGGACACAGAAAACAUCCGCAGAGUGUUCAACGAUUGUCGAGACAUCAUUCAGAGAAUGCAUCUUCGCCAGUAUGAACUCUUGUGAUUGGGAUCACCGUGGAGCCUGUGGUUUUAAAUACUUAGCUCCUUACUCUCUUGCGCGCUCUCUCUCUCUCUAUACUAUGCCACACAGGGUGGAAGAAAAUACUACAGAAACGUCAGUCUUUUCAGGUUGUUUACCUUAAUUAUUUCGCCUUUGAGCUGGUUUGCAGCAAGUUUGGGUUUCUUUUCCGCUAUGCUUUUUGGGACUAUUUGUGUGCUUUAUUUUGAUAUGCCACUUCUUUGUCAUUCCACUAAGCCCUUUGGCUACCUCUGUUGCUUUAGGGGUGUGUUUUGUUUUUUGGGUUUUAUUUUUGCUAAUUGAACACAACCUGCUAAAUUUUUUCCAGCAGGUUAUGUUAGUUCAAACUAGUAUGUCAGCUGGAUGACACUAACGUCAUACCUAUCCUUGUGUGGGUCCCUUUUUUAACAUGAUAUUAAGAGUACUUGAUGGUUGAAAAAAGAAUAAUGCACUUUGUAUCAGGUUAUUAAAUACUGUUGAGGAAGUAUACACACAAUGUAGCAGCACCACAAUAUUUAUUACAGUCACAGUUUUUAGCAUUACUGAGUUGCAGGUCAGCUGAUAAAGUGACCUCCUCUUUUAAGCCGUUACUGGCACAGGAAGUAGAGUAGAUAAUGAGAGGCAUGGUGAAGAUAAGCAAUUUUUCUGGGGUUUUGGGGCUAAGUGCCUCCACACACCUCAGGCAUUUGAAUUACAGCUACUUUUUCAGCCUGUUGCAUCUAGGCAGAAAAUGUACCACCCUCACUUAUGUUAUUUGUGCUGUCCACAAAUGAUCCGUUUAGUUUAGAUCAUUCUUGGACAACAGUCCUCUCCCUAUAUAUAUAUUUUUUGUUUUACUGCUGGUUUAUUAUAUUGUACAGACUGUAAAAUGUAAUAUUAUUUUGUACAACUUUAUUGAAGAAAAAUACUUGUAGAAGAUCUUUGUGCCUUGAUUAUGGCUGUACCUGUAAAAUGAGCUAAGAUGUAAGUAUGUUUUUGAUUGCGCUGUACAGCUUGAUGUCAACCUUACCUGCAGCAGUGACUGGGGGUAAGAACUUUAUCUGUAGAGUUUAGGGAUUUUUUUCUGGUUUAUAUAAAAACAAUGCUCUUUAGUAUAAAAAAUAUAAAUUAUGCAAAUUAACCACUUACCUUUUCAAGUAAGGUAUUACAGUCACCGGAUGUUGCAGCAACCUGCCUUUCUCUUUUGAAAUCUCAGCUUUAAAACAUUGGAAUUCAUUCAAGUGUCCAAAUUGCAACCUGGUGUUGUUUUAAUGGGAAUCAAGGAUUUUUUUUCCUUUAACUUUAGAAAUAUGUUUAGUAAUUCUUUGGUCAUUCAUAGUAUGUCACAAUUGCACAGACCGAUUGUGAAUCUGUAAAGCACCAUUCUAUAGAGCUCGUCAAUCUUUGUACCAACAGCAGCUUUCAUUGUGCAAGUAAAUAGCAAGAAGGGGGGUGGGGGGAAAGAGGUAUAAACCCUUGUGUCUGGCCUAAGAGAAUUACAAGAUGACAUUUUUAUUUCUCUUUUAAUAAAGAGACAUUAGAAAAUUGUUUUAUUUUAAAUAUUGUAGAAUCAAACUGUGUGAAUAUUUCUCAAACUUGAAUAAUUUAUGCAAAUGACAUUCUCAAAACAAGUUGUGGUACAGUACAAUAUAUAAAAAGCAAGAAUUGCUGUAGCAAUAAGGCAUGUCCUUUUUAGUAACUAUAACACUGCUUUAUAUUUUAUACAUAGGUGUUUUAUGUCUCUGUGAGUAUAUACUUUUCCUGUGUCCAAGAUAACCUGUACAAAUGUCUAAAAUUACAGUUGCAAUAACAGAAACCUAGAGAAGUGUUAGCCUAUGUUACUUCAUAGAUUGUUUAAUCACUCCUUGGACUAGCUCCAGGCUUUGUUUUAAAUUUUAGGGACAAAUUAAGAUCUGAAUUGUUGUUUUCAGGAACACAAUAUGAAUCAGAUUUUUAUAAACCCAGUCCUCUUUUACUUAGAUAAAUUUAGUAAUUUUAUUUUAAAAUAGGAUAAUUUUAGAGACAGGACAGUAUCUUUGUAAGAUUAUCCUUCCAAGUGAAACUGCUAGUAGGAUGUAUAGUCUUGAUAGUUAUAUAUUUCCUAUAAAAUGAAAGGCAGGGGUUAGCUAGUAAUAGGUAUAAUUCCCUAAAUCUACCACUGCCGGUUAUGCAUAGAUUAUCACACUUCCCCUUCCAAAAUUAUUUUAGAAACAUGAAAACUUUACCUUUUUAAGGGGGAAUGAGUAAUAAAAGAAAAAGUAGGCAAAACAAACCACCCCUGUAGGCUAAAAGCCACCUGUUCUGCAGGAGCACCAAAAAGAAAACUGGUUCCUCCUGUGGACUUUCCUUAUGGGUUUUCUUUUAAUUGCAUUUGUCUAUCCUGUCCACAUAAAGCAGCAGGGAUUCUGGCUUCUAGAUUUUUGCAAUCUAGCCACCCAGAGGCAGACAGCCUCUCAACUACGCCAGCUCUAAGGAUUGCUGUGGCUCUAAUGGAGCUCUGCUGCUACAGCUUUCCCUUACGAAGCAAUCCCCAAAACUCCAUUAAAGUUGAUAUUACAGCUCAAAGCUGGCUCUGCAUCAAUAUAACCAAGUUUUGUUAACAUUCUUUUGGAAUCCUACAGGGGCAUAAUGUGUACAGGGUCCUCCACCAUGAAGCGGAUGGGAAAAUGUUACUGCAGCAGUAUCUGACCUCCCUUGUUGGGGAAAACCUCUCCACGUUGACCUAUAGGGUGCAAUAGGGCCCUGUAGGUUAAGAUUAUCAUAGCACAUUUUAUUAAAAAGAGCAGCUUGAGAGAUUCCACCCCAAAUUUUUGGAAGGGCUGAAGUAGACCCUGGAGGGGUGGAAAGACAGGGGAUUACAGUCCAAAACUAUUAACACAGCAGGGAUUUCUCCUGAUUUUCUCCCUGUGGGUGACAGCUUAGGAAUGCUGAGGAAAUCCACUGAUGUAUCUAUCUCCUGCUGACAUUAAAAAACAGAAGUAUCACAUUAGAAGGGCACGUAGCAAUAAAACAUACAGUGAUGGUUCCAGCUUGAAAGACUAUGCCUCCUCCCGGGUAGGAAAUA